AUGGGCAUAUGUGCAUCCAGCGCCUCAGAGGAGAGCGAGCUUGCCAAACAGGUGCUAGGUUCCACGAAGGCAGAUGCCAAGACCGUACGGCGGUUGUCCGCCCUGGGCAUGCAGGACGGGGAAGUGUGGGUAACCCGGCAGACAUCCGACAUACAUAAGAUGUUUAAAUUUGGCGCUCAGCUCAACAAGGGCCAGUUUGGUACCAUCCACGUGAUAACGAACGCCGCGGGGGACAAGUUUGCUUGCAAGCAAAUCAGCAAACGCAAGCUCACUGGGGCGACAUCCAUCAGAGAUGUACGGCGAGAAAUUGAGAUCAUGCACCAUCUGCGCGGGCACCCCAACGUCAUUACGUUUCACGGCGCCUACGAGGACGCUAAUGACGUGUACCUUGUGAUGGAGCUGUGUACGGGAGGGGACCUGUUUGAGCGAAUUGAAAAGAUCACCACCAUUACGGAGCGGGCCGCCGCGUCGCUGUUUAGGGAGCUCGUGGAAACCGUGUCGUACUGCCACAUGCUGGGUGUCAUACAUAGAGACCUCAAGCCCGAGAACUUCCUCAUCACGGACCGGAGCCCCAACUCCCGAAUCAAAUUGGCGGACUUCGGUCUGAGCUGCUUCUACCAGGAGGGGCAGGGCGAGCUGCAUGACGUGGUUGUACGGCGGCAGUACGGCAGUGCCUGCGACACCUGGAGCCUGGGCGUCAUUCUUCAUAUUCUGUUGUGCGGGUCUCCGCCCUUUACGGGCAAUUCGGAUGCGGAAAUCCUGAAGGCCGUUCGUACACAGGAGGUGGACCUCACCGCCGGGCCCUGGCCCUCAGUCUCCCGCCACGCCCGCCACCUGGUCUCCAAGAUGCUUGAGAAGGACCCGGAUAAGCGCAUAAAGCUGGAGCAGGUCCUGUCCCACCCCUGGCUGCGGCCCGAUGGUACGGCACCCGCCAGGGCGCUCCAGGGUGGCCUUCGUGACCGCAUCAGUCAGUUCCGAGCACUCAACAUGUUCAAGAGGGAGGCGCGGAGGGUGCUAGCGGCCGCACUGCCUGCUGAAGAGGUCUCGGGUUUGAAGCUGCUAUUUGAGAACCUAGACACGGAUCAGGACGGGUUGUUAUCCGUGGAGGAGCUGAGGGCUGGUCUAUCGCAACGGGGGGAGCAGCUGGAGGAUGCGGACGUCAGGUCGCUUCUGAAAGCGGCGGAUCUCAACUGCGACGGUUUUCUGGGCCCUAUGCGGGACCGGGACCGGGAGGUGAGUGUGGGCCAGUGGCUGUCCGAGGCGGAUGUGGAUGCGGAUGGCCGCGUGGACUACCGGGAGUUCUGUACCAUG